AUGCCAUCAGAAAAUUUAACCAUCAAACAAAAUAAACAAGAACAGAUGUCACAACAUGUUGGUGGUCGUCAAAGGGGAUUCCAUGUUGUUAAGAUAAUUGGAUGGGGUGUAGACAAAGUCAAAAAUCUUCCAUAUUGGCUCGUUGCUAAUUCUUAUAACACGGACUGGGGAGAAAAAGGUCUCUUCAGAAUACUUCGUGGAAGCAAUGAAUGCGGAAUUGAAGAGCAGGUUGCGGCAGGGGAUAUGAAAGUCUAG